CUUCUGGCUGCCCGUCUGGCAGCGCACACCGCCGUGUUCCGCUGUGCUCGGCAGGACAGGUGAGGGGGAAGUGGGCUGCUGCUGACGGGGGGCUGGCUAGCUGGCGGCCGGUCGUCGUCUCGCUCGCCCGUGUAAGAAUCCGCGGCGGCACGGUCUGUUUUGUGGUGUCCAUCCCCGGCUGAGAUUGCGUGCUUCGCCGCGAAGGUGUCGGAUCGACAGUAUAGUGCGCGUGUGGUGCAUUGCCUUUCUUUUAUCGCCUUUCCGGACGCUGCUGCUCGCUCCUCUGCCGGGAAUACUUGUGGACCGGUGUGAUUCCUGGUGAGAGACGUCUGUUACCAGCAGCAGCAGGAGGAGGCUUACCGACUCCGCUUCGUGUUGUGGUUCGUCACAGAACCUUCUCUUUCCCUGUGUGGUUCCCGAGUUGUUAAGAAGCCUCGAUCCUCAGUACCGGCUCUACCGCCGCCGGCGGCGGACGUGGCUCCCCGCUACCUGUUUUCUGUGUCGCGGCCGCGCAUCAUCUCCGGAUGAGUGGUGGUUCGUUGCCCCGUGGACAUGUGAGCUCCGCAACGGUCCGGUCAGCAGUGCCGUCGCCGACCGAGUUCUGUUCGAGUACUACCGUCACCGCCGCCGAGGUUGUGCUUGUGGACGAAGAAGAGGCACCGCACGGAUUACCCUAGCUUGCCGUCAUCGACCGGGAUAUCAUACCUGCGUGCCGCGCCGGGUCGGUCGCGUCGUUCGUCACGGCUCUUCCGCGCUCGCUCGCCAACAGCGAGACGCCGUCAGCAUGAAGCCCGGCCGGACCAGCCCGCAGCUGAUCCGAUCGAGCAGCGGAGAGUCGCCCGACCAGGGUUACCUGCCCAACAAAAUCCGCAUGGUCCAGCUCAAGCGGCGGGGGACGGCUCCUCUUGGCUUCUCCAUACGAGGAGGUCGUGAACACGGCACCGGAGUCUUCGUGUCCCAGGUGUCCGGCGGCUCGGAGGCGCACCACAAGGGGCUCAGGGUCGGUGACCAAAUCAUCCGCAUCAAUGGCUAUCCCAUCGAUCACUUCAUCCACGAAGAAGUCCUGGCGCUGCUCAAGGCCAAGCCAAACAUCGUGCUCAAAGUCAAAAGUGUCGGGAUGAUUCCCAUCAAAGACAACAAGCGCGACCCCAUCACGUGGAAAAUGGUGGAGCCCGACCCCUGUAGCAGCGGUUCCGAUGGGACGCAUUCCGUGAGUAGUGGUUCCAGCCUUGACGAGUUCGUCGAGACGAAGGUGUUCAUCUCGGGCAUCGGCGGUUCCAGUCUUGGCUGCAGCGUGGUGAAGGGACCCCCCGAGCUGCCGGGCAUCUUCGUACAAACCGUGAAACCGCAUGGUCUCGCCGAAAUUGCUGGUCUCGAAAUCGGCGACCAGAUCACCGAGGUCAACGGCCAGGGUUUCGUAAACGUCGAGUUCUCGGAGGCGAUCGCGAUGCUCAAGUCUUUCAAGGAGAUGGCCCUGACGGUCAGGAAAGGUGCCGGCCUCGAGCUCUUCCCCGAGGAGAGGCUGCGGAGGAUAAACGCGCGCCUCUGCAACCGCAACGCCAAGGGGCGCAACGGCCACGCCACCAACGGGAACCACACGAUGCGCAACAGGACCCUGUACACGAACGGCACCAACGGCAAAGGCUCGCCCGAGUCUUUCCACGACACGCUGACCAACGGCUCGCUAUCUGAGAUGUCCGACCGGAGCACGUCGCUGUCAAGCUCGCAGUCCACUAGUCCCGUCACCAACGGACACACCAACGGCACCAACGGCCUCGUCGAGUACGGCCAGAAGCUCAGGUCCCCCGAGAACGGCACGCACCACCACCACCACCACCUGUACGGCACCAACGGCCAGCACCUGCUGCUGGUGCCCAAGCUCAGCCUGGUGGGCGCCGAGGAGAGGCAGCGGCUCGAGGAAGAGAAGCGACGCCUGCUCGAGAAGGAGCAGUUGCUGCAACUCGAGGCCGAGAAGCUCGCCGAGGAGCGCCGGCAGCUCGAGGCACAGAAGCAGCUCCAGCAACAGCAGCAGCUCCAGCAGGAGCACCAGCAGCAGCAGCAGCCGCAGCACCCGAGGCCCGCGACCAUGCCCGCCGCGCCGCCGGCUCCGCCGCAGAUGCACGUGUUCGCCGAGCUGCACAGCGUGGCACAGCAGAGGCGCCUGCUGCGCGAGAAGGCCGCCCUGAACGGAGACGCCGCCGCGGCCAGGAAACCGGGGGGCAUCAGGCCCGGGCUCAGGCCGGACGCCAAGCCUUCGCCAGACGUCCUCAUCAAGCAGAAGCAGCAUGAGCAACUGAUGGUAGAAUUCCGGGAGGUCCACAAGAAGAUGUUCGGUACAACGACCGCCGCCCCUUCGGAACGCUCUGGGUCCCAGCAGUCGCAAGUCGACGCUGAACUUCGCAAAUCGGCGGCCUUGAUCAACGCCCAAGAGGCGCAACAGGCGAAGGAGACAAUGGAGCAGGCUCGUGGAGAGCAGGCUAAGACGGUCAAGGACGAUAAAGCUGCGCCGGACGCAGCGGUAGGGAAGGACGUUGAGGAUAAGGACAAGGCUCAGGGCGAGGACGAGUCUAAAAGGCAGGCCACCUCGGUUCCACCUGCCGACAAGUCCAGCGUGGAUGGGAUACCGCCUGAAUACCACUCGACCGUGUCAGCAAGCCCCACGGGACCGGGCUACGUCACUGACUACGCCACGAUCAGUCUACUCAGCGAGGUCUCGUCAUCGGUCGAACCGUCCAGCGAGCUCGGCGGCAUCGGCGGCGGCAAUCGCAAGCGCCACUGGCCGGCCUACGUGCCGCCCACGCAUCCUAACCCGCACAUGUUUAUUCAGCCGGCCAACGCGGACAAGGGCCCUAACGGCUUGACUUCGAAGAAGGAGCGGCCGAUAGCCAGAGCCGCGCAUGUGGCAAAGGGACCCGCACCAAAACCUCCCGUGCCGGGACCAGGAGCAGCUAAGGAUGUGCCCAUCACGGACAGCCGGGGUCCCGAGGCCAGGCCUCCCAAGAGCUUCUUCGGUGCCAAGCCACUGGUAACCAUCGGCAGUUACCCAGAUGGGAGCAACCCAAGGCCUAACCGGUUCGCCCGACCUGCUAAUAUUGAGAUCAUCGAUGCCGACAAGGGGACGACGACCCUGGACUCAGCGGGAAAGUCCAGUGCUGCACGGACGCCAUCCCCUGCACGGACACAGUCACCAGAUGCCCCCAAGAUGACUGUCAGUAUCAACUGCAAGGCACCCAACAGACCCAGCCUGAGCACAAGAUUCACUACCAAUGCCAGUCCAACACAGCCUACACUGGCAAAUCUUGUGAAUGAUGUUACAGAAGGGGCUGUUGUGAAGACGCUAACAUUUAAAAAGGACGGCCCACUGAACCUGAUUCUGGAUGGGGGCCUCAACUCUGCGCACGACGGGCGCAUCGUGGUGGCCGAGGUGCGCGAGGGCGGCAUGAUCCCCGUAGAUGGAGAGAUUAGCACUGGAGACCAGAUCCUCAUGGUGGACAACACCCGCCUGGUGAACACGUCGCUCACUGCUGCCAGGGUGGCCAUCCAGAAUGCCAUGGCAAGCGCUGACAAUGACCUCCGGUUGACCAUUGCCAAGAUGCCGUAACAUGCCCUAACCGCAUUGCUCUACACAGCGUCCUGCCUCAGAAAGCCAUAAAACAAUGUUCAGUUGUUUCUGUUUUUAUGUAUGUAACCCUAUCAGGACACAAACUGCAACAGUUUUAGUUCUGUGCACUGUUCUGAUGACCAUAUGCAGACUUGGCCAUUUGAAACAAUGGCAGACAUGGAGAACAAAAUGCAUAUGCAGCACUUGUCGGAGAAUACUCUUAGAUGAAAACUUUUUGAAAUUCUUGUACAUACAGAUAAAUCAAGCUUGCUGAAGUAUUUUGUUUGUUGUUGUACCAUAAGCAGACCCAGCGUUGUCCAGAGUAUGUAAAUAAAGGAAAGAUGAAAGUUUCGAGUUUUUGUCUUGCUGGCAUGCGGUGAAUCGACUGUGUCCCACUGUGACAUAAACCCUCUACAUUUGCAUCAAUAAAUGUGUUCCCUGGA